UAGUAGAGAGGGAAUUCCCAAGUCAGUGUGGUCCAGAAGUAAUGUGGCAGGUUUAUGGUUGGCAUCAGGAAGAUAACAGGAAGGAUGGACCUGUGGAGAGAGAUCAUGAAAACAAUGCACUGGGAAAAAUAUUUCCUGUGAACAAAAACUUUGUUUCAUUUAUAGAAGGACCCCAUAAAUGUGUCUCAAGAGGAAUAAGUUUGAAACAAAAUUCAGAUUCAAGUUUUCAGAGUAAAAGCUAUGCAGAAACUAACUCUGAUGAAUUGAAUGGUCAUGGGAAGUCAUUUUUCCAUACUCCACAUGAAACCUCCCACACUCAAGCCCAGUACUAUGAACAUAAUUUAUGUGUGAGGUCUUUCAGCACAGUAACAAAUCUUAAAAGACAUCACGGAAUUCACACAGAAGGGAAGCCUUACGAAUGCAGUGAAUGUCCCAAAUCCUUCAGGUAUAAGUCAAAGCUCAUAAUACACCAGAGAACCCAUACAGGAGAGAAGCCAUACAGAUGCAGUGAAUGUCAGAAAGGUUUCAGUACAAAAUGUCAUCUCACUCUGCACCAGAGAACUCAUACAGGAGAGAAACCAUAUGAAUGUAUUGAGUGUCAGAAGUCCUUUAGAACAAAAUAUCAUCUCAUUCUACACCAUAGGACUCAUACAGGAGAGAAACCCUAUGAAUGCAAAGAAUGUGGAAAAGCUUACAGGGAAAAGACAAAGCUCAGAUUACAUUGCAGAACACAUACAGGAAAGAAACCUUUUGAGUGUAGUGAUUGUAGGAAAGGUUUUAUGCAAAAGUCAAACCUGAUUAUCCAUCAAAGAAUCCACACAGGAGAGAAACCCUAUGGAUGUAAAGAAUGUGGAAAGGCCUUCUGUAAUAAGUCUCAGCUUGUUGUUCACCAGCGAAUUCACACAGGAGAGAAGCCUUAUGAAUGUAGUGAAUGUGGGAAAGCUUUUAUAGACAAGUCACAGCUUAUUGCUCAUAGAAGAACUCAUACAGGAGAGAAACCUUAUGAAUGCAAGGAAUGUGGGAAAGCCUUUAAUAAAAAGUCACACUUCAUAACCCAUCAGAGAAUUCAUACGGGAGAGAAGCCUUAUGAAUGCAGUGAAUGUGGGAAAGCUUUCAUAGACAAGUCACAGCUUAUUGUUCAUAGAAGAACUCAUACAGGAGAGAAGCCUUAUGAAUGCAAGGAAUGUAGGAAAGCCUUUAAUAAAAAGUCAUCCCUCAUAACCCAUCAGAGGAUUCAUACUGGAGAGAAACCUUAUGAAUGCAGUGCAUGUGGAAAAGCUUUUAUAGACAAGUCCCAUCUCAUUGUCCAUCGGAGGACUCAUACAGGAGAGAGACCCUAUGAAUGCAGUGAAUGUGGAAAAGCUUUCAUACGAAAGGCAAUGCUCAUUGUCCAUCAGAGGACACAUACAGGAGAGAAACCCUUUGUAUGUCUUGAAUGCCAAAAAGCCUUUAGCAGUAUGGCAAUGCUCAGUAGACAUCAGCUGAUUCAUACAGGAGAGAAACCCCAUGGAUGCAAUGAAUGUGGGAAGGCUUUCCGCCAAAAAAGCCAUCUUAUUAUCCAUCAGCGAUGCCAUACUGGAGAGAAACCCUAUGGAUGCAUUCCAUGCGGUCAAAUCUUCAACCAGAAGUCACAGCUCAUUAGACAUCAGAGACGUCACACAGGAGAGAAACCGUAUCAGUGCACUCAAUGUGGGAAAGCUUUUUUUGAGAAAUCAUACCCCGGUGUCCAUCAGAGAAGUCAUGCAGGGCAGAAGCCUUAUCAAUGUGGUAAGUGUGGGAAAACUUUCUCUGUCAAGUUUUUUCUCACUUCACAUGAGGAAAUUCAUACAUGAAGGAAAUCCCAGGAGCACAGUGAGCACUGGGAAGACUUUAGUGAGAUGCCACAUGUCACAGAAUAUAAGAAGAUUCACACAAGAGUCACUCUAUGAAUGCAAACAAAGUUAGGAUACUUUUCCAUGAAUUUUGGCCUUUGUAAGUUUCACAAAACUUACCCAGAAGUCUUUUAAAUGUAGUGAAUAUAGGAAAAUUAUCUACUCUCAAUGUAGCCUCAUAUUUCAUGAGAAAAAGUCAAUAUGAAUGAAAAGUUGAGAUCUUUUCUUGAUAAGAGAGAUCCCAGUAUGUGUCACACAGAAUGAAACCUUUGGGUACAGCAUGUGUUUUUGAUAGGCUAUCAUAAAGUAGUCAGUUUUCACUGUGGACAAAAUCUCACAAAUAUUCUGAAUUCUUGAAUACCUUCCAAACAAAUGAGUUUUCAUACCAAAGAAUAUCGAUGACUGAAGACUUGUGAUAGGGAUGCCUCUGGCAUGAAGUCCAAACUUAUUGUGUAUCAGAUAAUAUUUAUUAAGGAAAAUUAGUAGUGUAAUGAUGGUGGGAAAGGUUAUUUACAUAUAAGUAACUUUAUAAUAAAAAUUCAGAUUGUGUCACAUUACCAUGUAUUUAUAGAAAAUGUAUAAAUACAGCUGAUUUACU